GACGCAUACGGACACAUGGUGGACAUUCAGGGUAUUGCAGGCUUGUCCUGUACGAAAACGGAUGCAUCGUCAGGUCACAGCUGCGUGGCCCGGUUGUCGCAGUCGCUAAGUGACAGGUGGGUAACCGGAUUUCACAGCUAAGUCACAGCUGAGUGAGCCGGCUGGCCAUGCAGGACCCGGGUGGGGUCGCUGAAGGGUGACCUGUCUCCCGGAGACACGACCACUCCCCAAAGGUCACGACCAGACCACGCCUUCAGGGGACACGGGCUGUAUAAAUGGUCGGACAGCGGCAGCGGCGGCAUAGUCAACACAGACACCGGGCAACCAACAUGAUCAAGUUUGUCGUAUUCGCCCUGUGUGUGGCCGCUGCGGCUGCCGGCGGUGGAUAUGGUGGCGGAUAUGGUGCCCAGAGCCACGUCAGCGUCCAACAGUACAAUCCCUGGGGCAGCAGCAAGUACGGAGUUCAUCAGACUCACGCCACUUACGCCGGCCAUAGCGGUGGAUACGGCGGAUACGGAGGAUACGGCAAGUUUGUCGGAGGAUACGCUAAGGUCUACGCCCAGGCCCAGGGAUCUGGUGGGUAUGGACACGGUGGAUACGGCGGUGGAUACGGCGGAUACGGCGGUGGACACGGCGGAUACGGCGGUGGACACGGCGGAUACGGCGGUGGAUAUUCCUACGGAUACAGCACCGAUGUCGGACAUGGUGGAUACAGCGGAUACGGACACUAGAAACACAUACAAGACUAUUGAACGGGGUAAUUUUUUGUUGUUUUCCGUGUAAUUGUUGUCCGAGUAUUUGAAUGUUCAAUGUAAACGUAUGUGUGUUGUCGUGUCAAUAGAAUGAAUGUAUCCAGCAGUA